ACUAGGAAACUAGUGGAGGGCUGGCGAGCCGGAGGCCUGGGCGCGGUGCACAACGACCCAGUCGGGGUCGGGGCGCGCGCCCGGCCCGCCCGGGGCGUCUCUAGGCAGAGGCCCGCCCCCGGGUGUCCCCUCGAUCGGGCUCUCCAGCCCCUCCCUGGCCAGCGGAGCUGAGAGCGGGAGACCAUGCUCGGUGUCCGGCGGGCCCUGCUGCUGCCGCUGCAGCUCGCCCUGCUGGUGGCAGCCGGGACCCGGGCGCACGUGAGCGCACCGCGGAGCCUGGCGUGGGGGCCUGGGCUGCAGGCCGACGCCGUUCUGCCCGUGCGCUACUUCUUCCUGCAGUCGGUGGACUCGGACGGCCGGAACUUCACUAGCUCGCCACCAGGCCAAACACAGUUCAAAGUAAUGGUAAAAUCCCUUUCGCCUAAAGAGUUGGUCCGUAUCUAUGUCCCUAAACCUUUGGACAGAAACGAUGGAACAUUUUUGGUGAGGUACAGGAUGCACGAGACUGUCCACGAAGGGCUCAAGAUAGAGAUCCUUUACAGUGGCGAGCACGUGGCUCAGUCCCCCUACGUUUUAAAAGGACCGGUGUACCAUGAGUACUGUGAUUGCCCAGAAGACGACCCUCAGGCCUGGCAGAAAACUCUGUCUUGUCCAGCCAAUGAACCACAGAUCGAGCAAGACUUUAUUUCCUUCCCCAGCAUUAAUCUCCAGCAGAUGUUGAAGGAGGUCCCCAAAAGAUUUGGGGACGAGCGGGGUGCUAUUGUUCAUUACACAAUUCUCAAUAACCACAUCUACCGGAGAUCUCUGGGGAAGUACACAGACUUCAAAAUGUUCUCGGAUGAAAUUUUGCUGUCACUGGCAAGAAAGGUCACCCUCCCAGAUUUAGAAUUUUAUAUUAACCUUGGAGAUUGGCCCUUGGAGCAUCGAAAAGUCAAUGACACCCCGGGCCCUAUACCUAUCAUUUCCUGGUGUGGCUCCUUGGACUCAAGAGACAUUAUCCUUCCAACAUAUGAUGUCACCCACUCCACACUCGAAGCAAUGAGGGGUGUCACAAAUGAUCUCCUCUCUGUUCAAGGAAACACAGGGCCUUCCUGGAUCAAUAAAACAGAGAAAGCUUUCUUCCGAGGUAGAGAUAGCCGGGAGGAGAGGCUGCAGUUGGUACUUCUGUCCAAAGAAAAUCCACAGCUGCUAGAUGCAGGAAUUACAGGAUAUUUCUUUUUCCAAGAGAAAGAAAAAGAGCUUGGAAAAGCCAAGUUGAUGGGUUUCUUUGAUUUCUUUAAGUACAAGUACCAAGUGAACGUGGACGGGACGGUGGCAGCUUACAGAUAUCCAUACCUCAUGCUGGGCGACAGCCUGGUCCUGAAGCAGGAGUCGCCGUACUAUGAACACUUCUAUGUGGAACUGAGGCCUUGGAAACACUACGUUCCCAUUAAAAGAAACCUCAGUGAUUUACUAGAGAAAGUGAAAUGGGCCAAGGAAAAUGAUGAAGAAGCAAAGAGGAUUGCGAAAGAAGGGCAGUUAACUGCUAGGGACCUACUCCAGCCGCCGAGGCUUUACUGCUACUAUUACAGAGUACUGCAGAAAUAUGCCGAGCGCCAGGCCAGCAAGCCCAUGAUCCGUGAUGGAAUGGAGCGGGUUCCCCAGCCGGAUGACAGCACUUCCGUUUGCCAGUGCCACAGGAAGAGGCCUGAGAGGGAGGAGCUUUAAGGAGACCCAGCCGCUCACUCCUUUGUAUGCCAGCUGCAUCUUUAAGACCUGGGAAAGGUGCUAAGCUGGGAAGAAACAGAGAAACCUGUACUCUGGCUCGAUGGAAGCCAAGGCAAGAGGUUCUCAUUAGUGCAAAGCCUACCUGAGAUUUGUGGAGACUUCCGGGCCAGCCCAGACUACCCAGCUGGAUUUUAUCAAAACACCAGAACAAACAAGAAAUGUAGAGGAAUGCUAAGCGUGUAAUCCCGCACUGGAGAGGCUGAGUCAGGAAGAUCCUGAGUCUCAGUAUUACCAAAUGCCUUUGGAACUGCUUGUUUGAGCGCCCUAAUAGAUAGAAAAAGGCUCACAAAUCACUGGGAAUCUCUCACACUCCCGUGCACUGGCAGUUUUUAUCUUUAUCAGAGAUAAAAAGUCAGUUUCGCUUACUUUUACAUUCAAUUACAAAGGGAAAAGUGUUUGGGGAGGUUUGACUUUCUCCUCCCUGUGUCGUUUCUCCCCGUGUAAGCCAUCCCUGAUGCAUGCCUCCCUUUGGAGGAUAGAAUAAGGUUAGCUAAGGAAUGAGCUGCUAGUACUUAACAUGGAGACGGUGGCAGAACAUACUACAUUGUUUAAAAUUUUUCAGCUAAGUUUUUGCCAGGGCUAAAGACAGAAUUAAGGAGAAUUAAGUGUGUGUAGCAACUCACAAUCUGGGCUGUACCACUAGGAAAGACAGCACAGCUCUGGAUGUAGAUGGUGGCAUCCUGUGGGCAUCGAUGGACUGGGAAUAUAAAGUAACAACUAUCCACGAGAGAUCUUUCAUUCUAUACGCCCUUCUGAGAAUCCUUGAGAAUUGUUACAGCCAGACUCAGGGAGCCUCCGGGUCCGGGAUUCACUACUAACCCAACGACAGAGGCAGGGACUCAGUGCUGGAUCCACAGACCUCCUCUUUCUGUAGGUUGAUAAGCAGCAUACUGAAGCUCAUAUGUAAAUUCAUGUCUGAUUCCUCAGAGCAGCAUCAAUCCAAGAUGCGGUUCCUGACAGAAUACGCUCUCAAACAAGAGCCGCCCACACUCCCAGAGUAAAGGUCCUCCCUGGACAGAAAUAUUCAUUGGCUCGUGUCUGUUCUCCUGAGGACCAGUAAGAACACAAGAAUGCGUAUCUUUAACUAGAUCCUAGAGGUGUAUCAUGGUGCCAGAUGUCCCACCACCCAUUUAGAAGCUGUCUGUGUGGGGUGAGAGGGCGAGCUGUCCUGAGGCCACCUGGUGCGUGUGAGUUAGACUUACAGAAGUCGGGCUUACGGACAUGAGAAGAAAGGCUGCCUCUCUCGCUUCUACCUCUUUAGCCACAGGUCUGGAAAGCAAAUGGUAGUUUGUUAGAGACACAUCAGUUUUUAAGUCGAUGUCAUUCGUCUGAGGCUGAACAGUCCUAGCAGAAGUAGGAGAAGAACAGGUUGAGACCAACCGGGCUGUUUCUAUUAACUUGUGCGAGCCCCCAUGAUCCUCAGGUUGAACAGUCCUACCUUGGAGCAUUGCAUCAGUGACAGAGUCUUCGACCCACGAACCUGCAGGGACCACUUUACAUCCAAACAAGUCUAGAUAACUCCACUUGACCAUGGCCUUUGAAAUGAGUUUUACACGGCUUUUAUGAACGUAUCUUAGGGAAACAAGCUGAAUAUAACUUUUGAAAAAGAGAGGGAUCUAAGGAUAUAAAGAUGUGUUCAUUGAAUAAACUGUCAACAAUGUUUGUGGCUUUAA